GGCAUUGAUAUUAAAAGUGUUAUUGAAGAUUAAGGUUUUGCUAUUAGUGCUGUUAGUAACUGUACUGUUGCUAAGAAAGCUGUUGUUAAGGGCAUUUUUGAUAAGGGUAUUAUUGGUAAGGUUAUUGUUCUUAAGGGUAUUGCUAUGGUUUGGAUGUUUGUCCCCUCUAAACCUCAUGUUGAAAUUUGAUCCCCAAUGUUGGAGAUGGGGCCUAAUGGGAAGUGUUUGGGUCAUAUGACCAAAUCCCAUAUUAACAGAUUAAUCCCCUUCCUUGAGGCUGAGUGAGUCGUCUAUCAGUUCCUGCUGGAGCUGGUUGUUAAAAAGAGCCUGAGACCUUUCUGCUCUCUUUCUCUCUCUCUCAUCAUGUGAGCUCUGCACACACCAGCUCCCCUUCAUCUUCUGCCAUGAAUGGAAGCAGCCUGAGGCCCUCACCUGACACAGAUGUCCAAUCUUGAACUUCCCAGCCAUCAGAAUUGAGAACCAAAGAUGGGGUUUCACCAUGUUAGCCAGGAUGGUCUCCAUCUCCUGACCUCGUGAUCUGUCCGCCUUGGCCUCCCAAAGUGCUGGGAUUACAGGAAAAUGGUCUCAGACAUCACACAAGCCUUCCAGAAAGAACCCAUCUGCCUCUUCUGUCUGAACUAAUGUGUAGACCCCAUCGCCACAGGCUGCAGCCCCAGCUUCUGUAGGCCCUGUCUCUGCCUUUCCUAGGAAGAAACCAAAAUUCGUACCUGCUGCCCACAUGCUGGGAACUGUCACAGCAGGAGGACUUCAAAACCAAUAUUCUUCUGAAGAAUCUAGUGUCCAUUGCCAGAAAAGCCAGUCUCUGGCAAUUCCUGAGCCCUAAUGAACAAAUGUGUGGGAUCCACAGGGAGACAAAGAAGAUAUUUGGAGAGGUGGAAAAAGAACUUGAUUCAUUUGCUGUGCUGGAACUCUCAGGAGCAUGGGGCUCGCACACACUGUGAGGGGCAGCUAAGGAACACUGGGAAAAUGGACUCAGACUUCUCACAUGCCUUCCAGAAGGAACUCACCUGCGUCAUCUGUUUGAACUACCUGGUAGACCCUGUCACCAUCUGCUGUGGGCACAGCUUCUGUAGGCCCUGUCUCUGCCUUUCCUGGGAGGAAGCCCAAAGUCCUGCCAACUGCCCUGCAUGCAGGGAACCAUCACCAAAAAUGGACUUCAAAACCAAUAUUCUUCUGAAGAAUUUAGUGACCAUUGCCAGAAAAGCCAGUCUCUGGCAAUUCCUGAGCUCUGAGAAACAAAUAUGUGGGACCCAUAGGCAAACAAAGAAGAUGUUCUGUGACAUGGACAAGAGUCUCCUCUGCUUGCUGUGCUCCAACUCUCAGGAGCACGGGGCUCACAAACACUAUCCCAUCGAAGAGGCAGCUGAGGAACACCGGGAGAAACUCUUAAAGCAAAUGAGGAUUUUAUGGAAAAAGAUUCGAGAAAAUCAGAGAAAUCUAUAUGAGGAGAGAAGAACAGCCUUCCUCUGGAGGGGCGAUGUGGUUUUACGGGCACAGAUGAUCAGGAAUGAGUAUAGGAAGCUGCAUCCGGUUCUCCAUAAGGAAGAAAAACAACAUUUAGAGAGACUGAACAAGGAAUACCAACAGAUUUUUCAGCAACUCCAGAGAAGUUGGGUCAAAAUGGAUCAAAAGAGUAAACACUUGAAAGAAAUGUAUCAGGAACUAAUGGAAAUGUGUCAUAAACCAGAUGUGGAGCUGCUCCAGGAUUUGGGAGACAUCGUGGCAAGGAGUGAGUCCGUGCUGCUGCACAUGCCCCAGCCUGUGAAUCCAGAGCUCACAGCAGGGCCCAUCACUGGACUGGUGUACAGGCUCAACCGCUUCCGAGUGGAAAUUUCCUUCCAUUUUGAAGUAACCAAUCACAAUAUCAGGCUCUUUGAGGAUGUGAGAAGUUGGAUGUUUAGACGUGGACCUUUGAAUUCUGACAGAUCUGACUAUUUUGCUGCAUGGGGAGCCAGGGUCUUCUCCUUUGGGAAACACUACUGGGAGCUGGAUGUGGACAACUCUUGUGACUGGGCUCUGGGAGUCUGUAACGACUCCCGGAUAAGGAAGAAUAGCACAAUGGUUAACUCUGAGGACAUAUUUCUUCUUUUGUGUCUGAAGGUGGAUAAUCAUUUCAGUCUCUUGACCACCUCCCCAGUGUAUCCUCACUAUAUAGAGAAACCUCUGGGCCGGGUUGGUGUGUUUCUUGAUUUUGAAAGUGGAAGUGUGAGUUUUUUGAAUGUCACCAAGAGUUCCCUCAUAUGGAGUUACCCAGCUGGCUCCUUAACUUUUCCUGUCAGGCCUUUCUUUUACACUGGCCACAGAUGAUCAGGAUUAAGAAAACUUACUGUUUGGGAACUCUAUAUACAAGGGAGCCCUUCACUGUUGAUACAAAGAAAUCAUACUGUUCAGGCUUUUUUGUACUUUAGUGUCACUUCAUUUUAUUGCUAUUAAAUAGAAAAUUUGUAAAAUGCAAAAUUUUUUGUACAUUUUCUUACAAUUAAAAUAAUCUCUUAUGGCCCAUUCCCU